UCUUUAGGCGAAUCCCAAACUUCCUGUGAAGAACGGCGAAAGACGCCAUUUUUGUAAAAAUAAUUAAAUUCCAAAAAAUGAAUCGUUAAUGUAGACACAACUGUACAAAUAAAUUUCAAGAUGAAUCCACACAUACCAGGUGGCUUGCUACCGAUGAUGAUGCCUCAACAGAUAGGUGGUCAGCAGUACAUGAUGGCUGUAAGACUUCCAUCUGCUGGUGGUUUACCAGCAGCCGCUGCCCAACCAUACAUGGCCGCUGGUGUACCAGGAGUACAAGGUCUACAGGGAUUGCCAGUAUCAUUAGCCCAACCACAGAUGAUAUCUGCUGGUCAUCUGGCUGCCUCACCAUCACCACUGGCUGCCGUGCAGUCUCCAUCACAAGCCUCAACAUCAUCUGUAUCUACAGCAACCACUCCAGGUAUAAUGAGCAUGGCAACCAGUUUGCCACAACAAAUUCCAGGAGCAGCAGCAGGGAUUCCAGCAAGUUACUUAGCAGCACAGUAUGGCGUUCCGGGAAUACCGGGUAUGCCAGGUUUACCUGGAAUGCAAUUUACUAGUGGCGCCAUGGCUGGGUUGGUAUCAAGUGCAAGUCCGAUGAUGACAGCAGGCCAACUGGCUGCAGCUGGAGGACAGUAUCCAGGUCUUACAGAAUGGUCACAUCCUCAUGCAGGAGCCCAAGUAGUCACUCAGGCACAAGCACAAGCAGCACAGCUGGGUUCAGGACUCCCGCCUAGUGCCUACAGCCAGCAGGUAGCAAAUCUGGCCAAUGCCCAGCUAGCUGGUCUACAAGCUCAGCAGAUGGCAGCUGGAAUUCCAGCCUCACACCUUGCCCAGUACGGAAGUCAACUACAAGCUAGCGGUUUGGCUGGGUUGCAGGUUGCUGGCUUGCAGCAAGGUUUGCCACAAGGUUUGCAGCAGGCCAUACCUACACAGGCCACACCUCCUCCAGCUUCUACAACACCCGAUAAUAAGAAGAAAAUACAACAAGAAUUAGCAGCUCAAACAAUGCAGGGAUUGCAUGUAGCAGGGUAUGGGGCAUAUGCAAUGGAACAGGCACAGUUACAACAAGCACAGUUACAACAAGAACAGGACACAAGUGGAGAGGACAGUGUUGUCAUGCUUGAUGACUAUAAUUCGGACUUGAAUCUCGUUAUUGAUGAGAAUGGAUACGAUGCCCAGCCGUUAGUUGAUCCACCAGGAUUCUGCUUCUGUUGGUCAGGUGUAAGGUGUACACAUGGAGUGUCGAGGGGGAAGGCAUAUUACGAGUGUAAGCUGACAGAAGCGUUACCUGUAGACUUUGGUGAGGAUCAUCAAGAGACUAAUCCACAUAUUGUCAGAGUUGGUUGGUCAAUGGAUACCACAUCUUUUCAGCUGGGUGAAGAGCCCAAUUCCUAUGGGUAUGGUGGUACAGGAAAGUUUGCCACCAGCAACAAAUUUGUUAACUAUGGUGAAAAAUUUGGUAUUGGUGAUGUGAUUGGGUGUCUUCUUGACCUCGACUCAAGACCACCAAACAUGUCAUAUGCCAAGAAUGGACGCUGGCUUGGUGUAGCGCAGCCAUUACAUGGAUUUCAAGUUGGAAAAAAGGAAACUUCACUGUUUCCUCACAUUCUUACAAAAAAUAUAAGGUUUGAGGUAAACUUUGGUCAACAGGCUCCAUGGUUUCCGCCAGCUCCAGGUUUCAUGUAUAUCAUGCAAUUUCCGGUGAAUGAGAGGGUCCGAGGAUUAAAACCUCCAUCUACAAAAUCCUCAUGUGAGAUGAUAAUGAUUAUUGGCCUGCCAGGGUCAGGAAAGACCACUUGGGGUAUAAAUAAAGCAAAGACUAACCCAGAAAUGAGAUACAAUAUUAUAGGCACAGAUACUCUGAUUGACAAGAUGAAAGUAAUGGGUCUGCCAAGAAAGAACAACUAUCAUGGGCGAUGGGACGUCCUCAUCGACAAAGCUUCAAAAUGUCUUAACAAAUUAUUUGAAAUUGCUAGCAAAAAGAAGAGGAAUUUGAUACUAGAUCAAACAAAUGUGUAUCCAUCAGCGAGACGGAGGAAAAUGAGAAAUUUUAAAGGUUUUAUACGUCGAGCAGCCAUAUUAGUACCAGAUGACGGUGAGCUGAAGAGGAGAUCUGAUAAACGCACCUAUGAAGACGGGAAGUAUGUACCAGAGGAGGCUGUGUUAGACAUGAAAGCCAACUUCAAACUACCAGCUGAGAAUGAUGACAACUUUGACUACAUUGAAUAUAUUGAACUGCCCAGAGAGAAAGCUGUUUCUCUUGUCGAACAAUAUAAUUUGGAGGGCCAGUCAAAGAGGCCUCAGGCAGUUAAAGGUGGUAGUUUCCGUGGUAAUCAGAAUGACAACAGGUUUAAACCUCCUGCUGACUUAAAGCAGCCUCCACUACCAUCAGGAACCUUCCACGGUUCACAAAACCCCCAACAAAGGGGUUCCCAACCUCCCCCACCCCCUCCUCCUGAUCACUAUGGUGCUCAGCGCCAUAGAGAUAGAAGCAGUGAACCCCCAGAAAAAAGAGGUAGAUAUGAUCAGAAUGCAGGAGGUAGUGCUCUUGAUUUCAUAAAACAAGAGUAUAGUGGUGAGGCAGAAUCACAAGACCAGUUUCAAGAUCGCAAGCCAGAAGCAUGGCAAGGAUUUGGAGGGGAACAAUUUCCUCAGUUGCCACAACAGGUUGUUACAUCAACCCAGCUGCAGGAGCAGUUUGCUGGGAGGGGUCUUAUAGCUGUUGGGGCACAACAUUUGUUAGGGCAACUUCAACCUGGGCAGGGUCUUUUGGGAGAGUAUGGUAGUCAGCAAAAUGAACAGUUAGCGGCAAUUGCCUAUGGUGCACAAACUGCAUUUGUAGGAGGGUUUAAUCCACCUGUUGCUACAAUUAAACAGGAACCUGCUGAACCGGCUCAGCAAGUAUGGCCGGGUCAAAACAGGGGGCAAAAUCAGCAUGCAGGUCAAAAUAAUGCAAAUAGGGGUCCGCCCAAUAGACCAAGUCAGAAUUUUAAUCAAGACCAGAAUAGAAACCAAGGUCAAGGUAGUAGACCUAACUCUGGGUUUGGGGGUCAAAGGAACCCUACACCACCAAAUUCAAGGGCAAAUCAGUAUGGGUCCCAGCCUCAGGGUUCAUUCCAACAAAGAAAUGUUGGAAGUCCUGGUGCAAACAGAAAUCAAAAUAUGCCAGGUAGAGGCAACCAAAAUCAAUUCAAUGGUGAACAAAGUCAAGAUCAGCAAAACUCAGAUUUACAAGAUGAUAAGCAAAUUAAACGUGAGAGACGAAGGCCUAGUAAAUGGGAUACACCUGAUGAUAAAGACAGUGAAAAUCCAGAAGCUGGACAACAAGACUUUCAAAAUGCUUUGUCUAACUUGAGAAGUAAAAUUGCAGAACAGGAAGCUGCAAAUGCUCAGAAUAAUCAAGGUGAUCAUAAGCCUCCAAUGAAUGAGUCUGGUAACCAUGAUUUUAAUCGAGGGGGUCCUGGGGGUCCACCAGGUGGCCCAAAUAAAGGGGGUCCUGGUAUGCCAGGUAUGAUGGGUCCAGGACCUAGAGGUCCGCCUCCAAGAGGUAUGAAUCCAAGGGGCCCACCUCCAGGUAAUUUCAAUGGUCCACCUCCACCAUUUGGUCAACCAGGCCCAAGAGGUCCAAGGGGCCCUGGCAUGGAUGGACCUCCACCAUUUGGUAGAGGUCGAGGUGGUUUUCAAGAAAGAGGUCCACCACCUCCAGGUAAUAGGGGUCCUCCACCAUUGAGGCCAUUUGGUCCAAGAGGUGAUGGGGAUGGUCCAAGGGGGCCGGGUGGUCCAGGACCUGGUUGGAAUCCUAGGCCAGGAGGUCCUGGUCCAGGGGGUCCUAGAGGGUUUAAUCCAAGAAUGGGUGGUCCACCAGGCCCAAGAGGCCCUUUUCCUGGCCCGCCUGGUAGAUUUAAUCGUCCACCACCUCCAAUGGGACAGAAUCGCUGGCAGAGGCCCCCGCACUAGAUCAGUGAAGUUGCAUGUCUCAUGUGUUUGUUGAAAUAGAUGUUUUAUAAUAUAUUCAGACAUUGGUAACUGUGCAGCUGUCCAUCUGUUUCUGUUAACAUAUUGUUUAGUCUUAAGGCUUCAUAGCAAUCUUAAUUAGCAUGUGUUAUUUAAAGAAAUUUGUGUAUUGGUAUAUAGAUAAAAUCACCAUGAAUUUAACUUAUUUCCUGCUUUUAUAUGUAGAUUGGUUUGCUUAUCUUUAUUCCUCGUACAAUAAAAUAUGAAACAUAAUAACAAGUAUCAACAUAUUCUUAAGUUUCUAACUUUUCAGCCAAGUUUCUUAAACAUCUUACUUAAAUAUAUUUUGUAAAUAUUUACUUACCAAGUUGAACAUAAAUCAAAUUUUUCUUCUUAGAGAAAUAAGACAAUUUUUUUCUGCUUAUAAAUUUCCAUAACAUGAUAAUUUUGAUUCGCAUAAAAAUUCAUUAUAAGGUAACUUUAUUUAGCUUAAAUUUCUCGUAAAAAUCUUAAUCAGGCUCAAUUUUAGUUAAGUGGAUUAUAAUUUUCCAUUUCAGUUAAUGAAUAUGGCUUGUUCUUGCGUACUUGUAUUUUUUUUUUCAGUUGAUAUACUCGUUUUCUAGUUAAUCCCUAGCAUUAAUGUUGUACUUCCACCUUCCUACAGUUUGCUUUUCAGUUGGGUUUUAGACAUAUUAUGGAAAAUUUGUUAUUAAAUAACAGUAUCAUUUCCUUUUCUAGUUAGUACUAUAUUUUACUGAUUUUAAAAAUCUUUUGUUUUAUUCACUGAACUUAUUAAAUGGUCAGUAUAGUCAGGAAAAUUUUACCUAAUUCAUAUGGUUUGGUUUCUAUCGUGCUUUUUUAAGCAAAUAUGUUUUAACUAAAUUGAAGAUAAAAGAAGUAAGGAGAAAAAAUAUUGAACAUAAUCAUUUUAAAAGAAGAUUACUAAAACAAAGCAGUUUAUUUUUGUGCUACGAUCUUUUUUAGCCAAAAAAAAUAUAUAUAGUUUUAAGCAUUAUGCACGUUUGCAUGCUGUAUGUUUUUGUAGUGUGUUUCAAAGAAAGCUUUAUAAUACAUAUUAGAAACAGCUUUGUAACAUUACAGUUCUUAAUAUUUCUAGUGUUUUCUUCAUUUUUAAUUUCAGUUUAUCCAAGAAUCAAGUUUUUUGUGUGUCUUUUUUCAGGUGUUUUUUUUUUCUUCACUAAAAUAGUCAUUUCAGCUUUACAGAGUAUAACAAAUUUAAUUACUAAUAUUUAACAAUAUCUGUUUGAAACACCCAUUUUGUGUUGCAAUGUUUCCCAUUUUCAGGAGAUCAGGAGCUUCAUUGAGCACACUUUUAUAAUUUUCAUAAGUUGUCGGAGAUUGUGAAUGAUAUUUUAACAGGCAGACAUUUAAAAUAGUCCAGGUUUUAAUGGACUGUAUAAGACUAUAUUUAAAUUAAGACAUGUGAUGAAUUUGUUAAAUUUAGUGUCUUUUAUGUCUUCAAUUUCAGCUCAUUUGUAUAAACUCAUUUGUUCUAUAAUGUUGACUUAUUAUAUGUAUUUAAAAAGUAAAUCAUGAGACAAUUUUAAGAA